CAGAGAUGCAAAAUAAGAUAAUCAUGGUAAAUAAAAAAUGUAUAUAAAUAGCUAAAGAUAUACGGAAAUACGAUAUCAUACAGCUUACAAUAUGAAAGUCGUACCAGUACUACUUAUUGCUUUUGUGGCAAUUUCGGCUCUAGAGGUAAGAAGUUGAAUCUGACCUAAUUUGUAAAUACUUUAUAAAGUUUGUAUUUGUUUCAGCCUGUACAGGCCGAACCAUGGUCUUGGUCUUCUAUGUUUUCAUCAGCCAAUGGUGUCUCAAAAUCUCAGAGCUGCGAAGGAGAUUCGGACUGUACAAUGUAAACCUGGAGGUUCGCCGUCCGUAACAUCCGCACUGAGCAAAGCGAAGUCAGAAAACUGCGGUGACAAGUCAGAAUCUGAAAGCUUAGCCAGAUCAGAAUCUGAAUCUGGUAGCUCAAGAUGUGGUUCAGGACUUUCUCAAUUAGCUGGGGCAGGAUCAUCAGCCAGUUCUAUAACCGAGGUAAUCUCUGGGAAGGGUAGCUCCCCAGCUGGUUCCCUGAUACAGGCGAUUUCUGGAGCUGGUUCCAUCACAAAGGCGAUUUCUGGAGGUGAUUCUCUGACGAAAGCAGUAUCUGGUGCCGGUUCCAAAGCUAGUGCAAUUCGAGUAUCUGGUUCUGAUUCUAAGGCUCGCUCUGGAGAUAGUUCCACAGCCAAGGCAGUAUCUGAAGCAAUCUCUAGCCCUAGCUCUUCAUCAAAGAAUUCAAAGUCCAAAGGCCACAAAAGGAGCAAAUGUCACAGAUGGCACCAUGGAAAAUGCAAAUCUUGGAGCAACAAAUCUACUAGAUCUAACAGCCAUUCAAAAUCCAAAUCUCAUGGAAAGUCAGAGUCCAAGAAGUCAAAGAGUCAUGCCGAAUCUAAAUCUAAAGCACACAACAACAAGGGAUAUGCUGAAGCCAAGAGCGAGGCAAAGUCUCAAUUACAGGAAAAAUCACAAGGAGGUAAAUCUAAGAGUAAGGCUGAAUCAAAGUAUGAAGCACACAACAACAAGGAAUCUAAUAAAGCCAAGUGUCAGGCACAGUCUCAAUCACAGGAACAAUCACAAGAAGAUAAAUCUAAGAGCAAGACUGAAUCAAAGUCUGAAGCAUACAACAACAAGGGAUCUACUGAAGCCAAGAGUGAGGCAAAGUCUCAAUCACUGGAAAAAUCACAAGGAGCUAAAUCUAAGAGUAAGGCUGAAUCAAAAUAUGAAGCCCACAAUAACAAGGAAUCUGCUGAGGCCAAGAGUGAGGCAAAGUCUCAAUCACAGGAAAAAUCGCAAGGAGGUAAAUCUAAGAGUAAGGCUGAAUCAAAAUAUGAAGCACACAAUAACCAGGAAUCUGCUGAAGCCAAGAGUGAAGCAAAAUCUCAAUCACAGGUAAAAUCACAAGGGGGUAAAUCCAAGGCUAAGGGUGAAUCAAAAUAUGGAGCACACAACAAGGAAUUUGCUGAAGCCAAGAGUGAGGCAGAGCCUCAAUCACAGGAGAAGUUGCAAGAAGGUAAAUCUAAGAGUAAGGCUGAAUCAAAAUACGAGUAUGAAGCACCCAUCAACAAAGAAUCUACUAAAGCCAAGAGCCAGGCAAGUUCCCAAUCUCAGGAAAAGUUACAGGGAGGUCAAACUAAGAGUAAGUCCGCUUCUAAAUCCCAAUCUGAAGCAAGCAACAACAGUAGAUCAACCGAAGCAAAGAAUCAGGCUCAGGCUAAAUCAGAAUCUCAAGUAAAACAACAAGGAGAUUGUCGAAGAGGAGCACAAUGUUCUUCCAGCUCCAACGAAGAAUGUGAGGCCCAAAUAAAAUCCCAGGGUGGAUGUGAGACGGUGUGAAGACCAAUAAUAAUUGCUCAUGUGUGAUACAUAUGAUUUCCUCAAUAUGAUAUACACUUCUUUUAAACAUGUUUAUGAACUUAAAAUAAAAAUGAACUAAGAA